AUGCGUGGCGGGACAACGACGGCACUCGGCGCUCUCUCGGGCUUAGGGUCAAGUUCCACUUCAACGUCGCGAGGUGCACGAAUCUCCCAGCUUGUGGUUUCUCUCAAGACAUCCGCAGCGACCGCACAGCGUCCGCUACUGGAGCUUCUCGGCGAAAGGACGAAGAGCGCGACGGCGAUUACGACGUUUUGGAUCUCCAAUCAAUUGCUCAUCGUCAAUGCAUCGAUCGAGCUGGUGCGCACGCUGGAGCUGGAGCACGGUUCGUCGAUCGCAGAAAUUCGCGAGGAGCAGAUCCUGACAAUGGGCAACUUCAACGUUGAGCGUGCGGACGUGAUAUCCGGUGUGGACGCUGUGGCGGACGCGAACGUCCUCACGUGGAGUGUCGGGAAGAUUGGCGCAAAGGCUGUCUGGGCAAAGGGGUUUGUGGGAGUGAACGUGACGGUGGCAACGAUCGACACUGGUGUCCGCGUCUCACACGAGGCGUUGCGAGAGAAUUAUCGAGGCGACUACGGCUGGUUCGACCCGGAAAGUAAAAGUGCGGUGCCUUACGAUUCGUCGGGCCACGGGACUCACGUAAUGGGGUUGAUAGCUGGGGCAGAAGGCAUCGGAGUAGCCCCCGGAGCAAAAUGGAUCGCUUGUCGAGGAUGCAGGAGCGCAUCAACUUGCCUCGAAUCGAGCUUGUUAGCUUGCGCCCAAUUCGUGCUAUGCCCCACGGAUUCGAAGGGAGGGAAAGCGGACUGUAGUAAAGCGCCACACGUUGUGAACAAUAGUUGGGGCGUCAUUCGUGGCAGUACUGCAACACUUACCGCGGUUAUCGCAGCGUGGCAAGCUGCCGGGAUUAUUCCAGUUUUCUCGAUCGGCAACUCAGGCUCGUCGAAAACUUGCGGGACGGUGGUCUCACCCGGGGAUAUGGCAAAUGUCAUUGGCGUAGGUGCGACCAACUAUAAUGACAUGCUACUCCCCGAGAGCUCCACGGGUCCUUCUGUCGAUGGACGUAUCAAACCCGAUAUCGUAGCGCCAGGGGUGAGGAUUUAUUCCGCUUGGUGGACUCGAGACAAUGUCUACACAAUCACCUCAGGAACGAGUGUGGCUUCACCUCACGUCACAGGGGCAGCCGCAUUGUUACUCAGCGCGAAACCCGAGCUAACUUACGAGAAAGUUUGGACUGCACUAGCGACUACAGCGACAAGGGAUGAAGAUCUCGAAAGCAACGCUGCACUGCACGCAUCUUGUGGAAACAUCUCGAGCUCUACGCACCCGAAUAACAUUUUUGGCUUCGGGCGACUCAAUAUCCAGCUAGCACUCGCUCAAGUAGAAAACGAUUAA